CUGACGUCAGCAGCGCGCGCCCUCGCCCCUGCAAUUUGCCGGGCUUGCGAGGCUCGUGGUUCUAGCUUCUCCGCGAGACCGCCGAGCGGUAUCCACCGUCGCUCAGGUCCCGAGGCCCGCGGUGUCACAGGGUCGGCGACAUGUCGAUGCUGGCUGAGCGUCGGCGGAAGCAGAAGUGGGCUGUGGAUCCAAGAAACACUGCGUGGAGUAAUGAUGACUCCAAGUUUGGCCAGAGGAUGCUAGAGAAGAUGGGGUGGUCUAAAGGAAAGGGUUUAGGGGCUCAGGAGCAAGGAGCCACAGAUCAUAUUAAAGUUCAAGUUAAAAAUAACCACCUGGGACUAGGAGCUACGAUCAAUAAUGAAGACAGCUGGAUUGCUCAUCAGGAUGAUUUUAACCAGCUUCUGGCCGAACUGAACACUUGCCAUGGGCAGGAAACAGCAGACUCCUCAGACAACAAGGAAAAGAAAUCUUUCAGCCUUGAAGAGAAGUCCAAAAUCUCCAAAAACCGUGUUCAUUAUGUGAAAUUCACAAAAGGGAAGGAUCUCUCAUCUCGGAGCCAAACAGAUCUUGACUGCAUUUUUGGGAAAAGACAGAAUAAGAAGACUCCGGAGGGCCAGCCCAGUCCCGACGCUGCAGAGGGGACUGACGUCUCCCCCAUGACCACCAGUGCCUUCACCAUCCGCGAGUACUUUGCCAGGCGCAUGGCGGAGCGCAAGAGUAAGGCGCAGGGCACGGCCGUGGGGCCAGAGGCUUCAGAGACCCCAGUGGAAAGGAAAGCAGGGAAGAAAAGAAAGAAAGAGGCGAAAGAUAAAAGUGUGGAGAAUUGCACCCACCCCAAGGCCAAGAAGAAGGGAGACCAAGUUGAGUGGCAGCUGGGAGAUCGCCGCUGGGACGAGAAUUCUGGUUCUGCUUCUGAGGGUGGAGAGGGUUGCGUGGCGCCACUCGAUGACCGGGACCCUCCCUCGAGGCCCAGAAACAGGAAAGAAAAGAAAAGGGGACAGAAGCAAGCUGAGACAGCAGAGGACGGUACGCUGGAUGAAACACCAGUGAAAAAGAAGAGGAAAAAGAAGAAAGGUUCCAAAUAAAUUCUCUGGAGCCAGGGCCUCCCGGCUUCUCAGCUGUCAGGGCGCUGCUGGGGCAAACUCCCUGGCCCGACGGCAGAGCCGGUUCACUCCGGGAGCCGCGCACAGCCUCGGACACGCCCGGCCCUGCUGCAUCUCGCCCUCACGCUUUCCCAAAUCGGAUUCCCAGAACUUCUUAGUGUCCCAAAUCAUGGCUCUCAGAAACAAAUACAUUUCUUUCUUAGACUCUGAGUCCACCGUAUUUAUUCCCCUUCAUGUGAGUACAUCGUUAUGUGCACGUGCUUGUGUGUGUAGGUCUCUCACAGUCUGUAUUUGCUCUUGAUUUCUUUCAGUAACAGUGAACUGUGCUUCCUGCUGAAGGACUCGGUCUAAUUAAAGGAUUAAGAGGCAAUAGUUGGCAUUCAGAUAGCUCUUUUUGUUCUAUAGCCAACCGUAUGUUUCUGCCAAGUUGCUUUUAUAUCAUUACAUUCCCAAAUCAGAGAGUUGUUUUGGUCUGGUUUGGUUUGGUUCUGAUGGGGAAUUUGUUUUAAUGCCGUCUUUUCCACUAAGCAGUGGCAGCCGUGUAUUUUGAGGAGUUUGAGCUGAUGGUGGGGGCAGUUUAACUUCCCAGCGCUCUCACAGGAGCCCUCUUGCAGUUGCUCAGCGAGAGUCGGUGGUCGGAUACCUUUCCAUUAGGUGUCCUCAAGGACAGGUGCCCUAGAGUGGACUCCUCCUUAACGGUGACCGUCAGGGGAUCCUCAGGAAGUUGAAAGAAAAACGGAGACUCUAAGCUUAUGAAAUUACUUUCAUCUAGACUGGGACUGCCUUGUGAAAGCUCCUAAAAGUAUAAAUAUCACAUAAAGAGCAAAAGACACCUUCAGUCCUGCUCACACCGGAUGGUGUCACCUCCUGGGUUUAUACGGCCUCUGCCAUCCCGUGGCGUGUCUCCCCGUGUGCAGCGUAAACCCUCCCCACGCGGGUUUCCCCGGAAAACUGCAGACACCUUCACACCCUCUUUGGGACACAGAAUGCAAAAGAAAGCACGUGUUUAAGAUUUAGAGGUCCAGCACUGUGGUUUCCUCUCUUCUGCUGUCUUUGUUCUCUUGACCUCUCCCUCCUUUUCUUUUUCAUCCUUUCCCCCUUUUACUCCGUCUUCCUUGCUCCUCGCCCCC